AAGCAAUUGGCCGAGUCAGUCAGACUGUUGAUAAUGAUUGUUGACCUAUCUUGAAUCAACCAACUGAACCUAUUGUCGAUCAUUUAAUCAUUCUCCUCAUUUGGUCAUUUCACAGAUAAUAUGGCAUCGUCACCAAAGUACAUCAGCGGAGAUGCUGCCGCUGUUAGCGAGUUCAUCGACAAAUUCGAUGUCUUCCUGCUUGAUUGCGAUGGUGUCCUAUGGUCUGGCGAUCAUGUGUAUGAGGGAGUCCCUGAGACCAUCGAAUAUCUAAGAUCAAAGGGAAAGAGAACCGUUUUCGUGACGAAUAACUCAACAAAGUCGCGCGAUGAAUACCUAAAGAAACUCACCAAUCUUGGUAUCCCUAGUGAGAAGGAUGAUGUGUUCGGUUCAAGCUACUCUGCUGCGAUCUACAUCUCACGCAUCUUGAAGCUACCCGAGAACAAGCGCAAGGUCUUCAUUAUUGGAGAAGCUGGAAUCGAGCACGAACUUGAAUCUGAAGGUGUUCCUCAUAUUGGAGGCACAGAUGAGGCGUUCCGACGAGAUAUCACAAAUGACGACUUCAAGGGUAUCGCUGAUGGCUCACUACUUGACCCCGAGGUCGGAGUAGUUCUCUGCGGUCUUGAUUACCACGUGAACUACCUCAAGUAUGCCCAUGCCAUGCACUACAUAAAGCGGGGAGCUAUUUUCCUUGCUACCAACGUUGAUUCAACACUGCCGAUGCACCACGACUUCUUUCUCGGAGCUGGAUCUUGUCACAUCCCUGUUGUUCACGCCACAGGAAAACAGCCCUUGGCUCUCGGUAAGCCCAGUCAAGCUAUGAUGGACGCUGUUGAGGGCAAGUUCCAGCUCGAUCGUUCUCGAACUUGCAUGGUUGGUGACCGACUCAACACUGAUAUCAAGUUUGGUAUCGAGGGCCGACUGGGUGGAACACUACAUGUUCUGACCGGCGUGAACAAGAAGGAGGACUGGGAGAAGGCCGAUGCCAUUGCUGUGCCCUCUCACUACGCUGACAAGUUCAGCGAUCUUAGACUGGUAGAGAAGCAAUAGACGAUAGACCAUGAUAUAGAUUAUAGACUAACUAUGCAACUAACU